AUGGUCGAUGUUAAAGAUUCGAAGUCAGUAGACGUAAAGGAUGCUGCACCUAAAACGGGUACUGAAUCAUCGCCAGCAGAUAUCAAAGGCAAAGUAGAAAAUGCUACUAAGGUCAAAAAAGGAUGGUCUAAUCCCGCAUUGAGGAUGAUGGGUAUACCCAGACUCUCAUUACCUUCAAGAAACUGGAUGAUCUUUUGGGGUGUUUUAGGAACUUUAGGUGGAGCUGCCUACUACGACAAGUUGGAACAACAAAGAAUUCGUAAGGAGUAUAUGGAUAAAGUCUCGGAAUCGGGUAAACAACCUUAUGAAACAAGCAAGUUACCUAGGAAACUCACUGUCUUCAUAGCUCCUCCACCAAACGACUUUUUGGAAACUUCAAUGGUAUAUUUCAGAAGAUAUGUCAAACCUAUUUUAAAUUCCGCUUCUGUGGAUUUUGAUAUCCUCGUUGCCAACAAGCAAGGAGAUAUUCGUACUUCUGUAUCUGAGAGAAUAAGACAAUUAAGAAGAGAUGAAAUCGCUAAAAAAGAACAAGAGCUCGCAGCCAAAGCUCAAGAAGCUUACGAAAAGUCAUGGACCAAGUUUUUCACCGUUACUGUGCCAUCAACUUUAAAGAAACCUUUCGUAAAGGAAGAAAUCGUAGAUGAUGUUAAAAACAGAACUGAGUUAUACACGCCUAAAGAUGUUCUUGGAUUUUACUACAAUAAUGACAUGAUCACUGCCGUUAGGGAAGACAGUGAAGAUCCUCAAGCGGCUGGUGGUGUUGUUUGUAUCGGAAGAGGUGCAUUUAAGGAAUAUAUUCAAGGUGUCCAUGAAGGAUUAUUGGGACCAUUAGAAAAGCCUGAAGAACCAGAAAAGCCUGAAAUCAAGUUAGAGGAAGUUAAAGAACCAGAAUUAGUUUCAGAAGGUACUACUCCAGUAACCGAAUCAAUUGCUGACUCAGUUGAAAUACCUGUUGAAUCGGCCCAGACCGCUGAAUCAACGGAAUCUACUAACUCGCCAAAAGAACCCGAAAAAAUCGAAAAAGAUGAACCUAAAGAAGAAGAUGCCGAGGAUGAAACAUUAAUCAAACCUUUCAUCGACCCUAAAGACUAUGGUAAAGCCAUGUUUGCUCCAGAAUUCAAAGACGGUUUGAAUUUAGAAAAUAAUAAAGUACCAGUAUUUUUCGAACAACCGAUUUAUGUUUUCAAAGUUCCGAACAUUUUAGGGUUUACCAAUUUCCCCAGAAAAAUUUAUAAUUGGUUUAACAGAAGAUACGUUGCCGAAGAGUUCAGUGAAAAGACCAUGCAUAUCAUCAAUAAUAAAUCACGUCCAUUUGAACCCAGAGAUGAAUACUUAGCUAAAGAAGAAGAAUUACUUUGGCCAAAAAAAUGGGUGGAAAAAGGUUUAUCCAAAAACUCCGAAUGGGUUAAAGAAGUUGUUGUUGAUAAAAGAGUUACCAAACAUUUAAGAGUUUACGAAUAG